AUGCGCACACCACCCAUCUUAUAUAUUAUUCCAGCAGUGUUUAUCUUGGGGACAAUAACAAGUUUGAUAGCACUCGCCCAUAUAAAAGAAACGUCUGACUUUAAAACACAUCAAGAAUCAGUCUCGCCUUAUUUGUGGGCAGGAUUAGGGAUUGUGUUUGCUGUAUGUUUGAGCACUUUGACAUGGCAGUUGGUUGUCGUUAAAAAAAUACGUGAUAAGAAAAAAGUAGCGAUAGAUAAACUAUUACAAGAAUUUAAUAAGGAAGAUAACCCAAAUUAUGUAAAUUGGAGAUUUGCCGAAACUCCAAAUACAGGUGCUAUCUAUCAAAAUGUACUCUUAAUAGAAAUCGGCGAGCCGCCCAUGUGCGUAAUAAAUAUAUCAGAGGCACCAGAACUUGAAAAAUACUUAAAUAACGGUCCAAUUUCAUCAUCUAUGCAUUCUUCAAUUUAA